AUGGAUUGCUAUCCAGCAAUCUUAGGAUGGUCCGGCGGUGGCAGGGUCUGCGGCGGAAUCGACCCUGGCCGGCUCCGCGUCUUUUGCUGCGCUCCGCCGUCCGGCGAGCCCCUGUUCCUACCGGUGCCCCUGAAAGAUCUAUUCCCUAGCCCGCCGACGGGCGACGACGUCAAGACCAAGUUCGACCUGAACAUCGACAACACUUGGGGCGACGGUGAGGCGGACAACAAUUCCGAGGAUGAACCGAACGAGGCAGCCUUCCAGUUCCAUGUCCUCGCCAGUCCCGGAGAGAUCCAGACUUCUCUGGACAAGCGUGACGGAUCCCACUGGGAGGUUUUCAACUGCACCGAGGCGGUCAGCGAGGGCGAGCACACCGUCCAGAUGGUGUGUACCGAUAGCUCGGAGAGGAGCAACUACGGCGACAUUUACAAGGGACACGGAGUCGAGGGGACUAUUCUUGAAAUGCCGCAGAACAGGGACUGCGGCCUGGGGAAGCACGCCGUCGCCAAGAGCCUUGAACCCGCCGGAAACCAGUUCCUGCCGCAGCAUCUGGUGGAAAGGAAGUUACUACAUGACGCCACAAUUUACGAUCUCAAGUUUGAUUACAACUUCACCCGUGUGCCGUGGGGCUUUGGUCCGACGCAGCUGCGAGUUGACUUUUCAAACCAAGAAGGCUACUGGAACAAGAUCGUGGCCGCGCCGUCUUCCAAAAAGUCCAAGCGAACCCUUGACGAAGUCGGCGGCAAUCACCGCCGCUGGCUCGAGGAAGAAUGUCGGGACGACUACCACCGCGGUAGUGUGAGCCGUGAAGAGCUUUACCGACGAUGGUUUGGCGAUGAUGCUCUCCAGUGGCUCAAGGAGCUUCUCCACAUUGACGUCACGGUCGAGAAGCGGCAUGACUAUGAGGAGGUCUCGGCCAUCAUUCUCAAGGAGGAUUGGACCUGCGGGCCAUUCCGAGCCAAGAUUGAUGCAGUGGCGACGGCAGCUAUUGAGAUGUCAACGUCGUUUGGCAUCACAAUCAUCACCGAGCUAGGAGCUAAUUUGAACCUUAGUAAAUCUUACGUCCACUUUAACAACGAGGGCAGCAUCGAAGCCAUCCUCACCAUCGACGCCCUGAUGAAGUUGGAAUGGAAUUCGGGUGUCUUCACCAUCGUCCCGCUGCCCAUCCCCGGCGUCGGGCCCCGUUUUGGCCUCAACGCCCGCUUCAAAGCCAGGGUUUCCAUCGAGGACCGGAUCGAAGCCAAGGCCGAGCUCGCCAACUGGGAAAUCAGACAGACAUACCCGCAGCAGGACGACUACAAGCCCAAGGAGAUCGAGUCUGCCAACCGGCAGUUCCCCACGGACGGCAUCGCGUCACCGAGCUUCGAGGUGUCGGUCACCGCCCAAGGCUACGCCGAGGCGCACAUCAUACCGACGCUAGCGUUCGGCAUCAAGUUCGAUAAGCAAUGGGAUCUUGAGGACGCCGAAAUCGAGCUCUACGGAGAUCUCUACGGCCGCGUCCGCGCCAUGUCGGACCUUGUCGGCGGUGACUGUCUGUUUGGCUACAAGGUCGAGGCCGGAGUGAAGCUGAUGGCAGACGCCCAUCUCAACAAACGCAUCAUUCCCGAAGGCGACAAGGAAUGGGAAUGCGUCACGGCCGAAACCAAGAGGCAUAUCGAGGGCAGAGGAGAGAGUCGCAACUCCUCUCAUUCCCUCAUCGGGAAGCCCAGUCUUCGCAAGCGCCUUGUCCCAUACGAGCCGCUGGUCAAGCUACCCGACGCCGAAAAGCUGUGUCCAGUCGAGGGCAACCAGGGCGCCCAAGAUUGCGCCGACACGCAAAACGUCUUCGAGUUCUAUGAUGAUAGCACGAGCGACGCGCACCCGGUAGAGUUCCGCAAACGGAGCAUCUUCGACGACGAUGGCGGCUCCCUUUUUGCUAAGGGUCCCUUUAACGAGACGGAUGAUUAUAACGACUACAGCGACGAUCAGGAGUACGGUACCUCGGCAAGCGAGAUGCACCUGGUCGAAAGAGGUCCUCUGGCCAAGCGGGCGCCGGGCAAGAAGCUUGCCAUCUGCAACGGGGCUCACCAAUUCCACAUCAAGAAGUGGGACACAUCAGGCACCUUUGACAUUUAUGACAACGCCGACUGGGCUGAUUGCAGUAAUUACGACUUCGUCAUUCAGGCUACGAGACAACGGGUUCCAUACACCACGAGGGCUGGAAACCCGGCUCUUGAGGAGUAUCCCGUGGAACACGUCCUGGAAGCGCAGAUGGUUGUUCUGUUCUUCGAGACGACGGCCUUCUCGGACCUCUGCUUCGAUAUGGAAGAGACCGGAUCCGGCUGGUUCGAUACGAACGCCGUGGACCCCAUCGUCCCAAGGGCGCCGAGACGGUCCCCGUGGCAGUACAUCGCCGACGCCUGGCCAUACUCGAGAGGGACAGAGACCCGGUCCCGGAUUCCCUACCCGGCGCACAAGGAGGAUGAUUUUGUCUUCGUCAUCGGGCCGGUCAGCAACAUCAAGUCCAAGGCCUUCCAGAACUUCCCUGCCCUGAGUGGUACGGACGACAUGGGGCGCGCCGUGGCUUCCGAGGCCACCGUUGGCGAUGCGAUCCGAACCAUGAAGACUGCUCUCAUGCUGUGGAAGUAUCUCACCACGGGUGCCAUCCGGGACACGCUGGUGGCGCAGGCAACGCGUGUCGGCGACCGCAUGGAAGAGAUAUAG